AGGGGGCUUGGGCCCGUGGUCCGCUCGAAGCCGCCUUGGAUUAACGCUUCUCGGGAUGCCGUUGAAUGACUGCGUGUGACACUUUCGUUCAACACAUGGCUUCAACGUGGAUUCUGCUAAUAUCAUUCUUGGUACUCGUUGCUGAGGCGCGGGAUUUUGUAGGUGACCGUCGUCACGUGCGUCGUAGCGUCGCCAGGUUUCACCCGGAAAUUUGGAACGUAGCCCGUGACUCAGCAACGGACGACGACUUAACUGACGGCGAUCAGGAUGGUGAUGUGAGAGAAGGUUGCCCUCAGAACCGCGAAGAAGCCGCAGCGUUGGGGAGACGCUGUCUACGGAAGUGUAAGGCUGACGAGGACUGUAUCAGCACAAAAAAAAAGUGUCUGUGUGAUGGGCUAUGUGGCUGGAGCUGCGUUAGACCAGACUUGAACUGCGACGAGCUUCCUAAACUGGCCAACGGAAAUUUUCAUGUGAGUGGUAACUACUUCGGGGCUCGCGUAUACUACGAAUGUCAAGAAUCAUUUUGGAUGUCUGGCCCCAAAGAGAGGGUAUGUCAGGGAGAUGGGAAAUGGAGCGGACGCCCUCCGGAAUGCAAAAGACAACCGUCUUGCAGCGCUCCCUUGACAGUACCUCAUUCCCGAACGAAUGCCAGCGACACCCUGAAGGAUUUUGUGAUCAACUCAACCGUGCGCUACAGCUGUUUUCCGGGAUACGACGCCCGUGGCUUCGACAUCGCAAAAUGCAUUUUCUACAAUAACUCGGCACAGUGGUUCGGCCCGGACCUCAAGUGCGAACCCAAAAGCUGUGGUCCACCUGGAGACAUUGAACACGGCCAUCGCAUCGGUUCCAUGACGAGGUUCACGAGCUCUGUCAAGUAUGAGUGCGAAGAGGGCUACGAACUGUUCGGUCGCGCCCACCGGUACUGCCAGUCCUCGGGGCAGUGGAGCGGCACACUGCCGGAGUGCAGACCGGUGCAAUGCCCGAAACCCGAGGACCCGCUGAACGGGCGGGCGCUGCACAGUCACGUGACUUUCAACUCUAUCGUCAAGUUCGAAUGCCAUCACGGGUUCAGGCUCAAGGGACCGUCUACGGCAAAGUGCAACUCUCAAAGGCGAUGGGAAGGCCCAGCUACACAUUGUGUUGAAAUCGACUGUGGUCACCCGGGACACCUGCACAAUGGCUACGUGGAGUUCAGAGUGUCUACCUUGAAUGCGAAGGCAAGCUACCACUGUUUCGACGGCAUGAAGUUUGUGGGAGACUCUAAUACCAGCGUCUGUCUCGAGUCUGGCAACUGGUCACACCCGCUACCCAAAUGCUUUGCUCCGUGCAAGAUACCUGUCUUGGAGCACGCCUACGUGAACCUGACCACCCCCGAGUCACGCUUGGAGCACGGACGAGUCCUCAACGUAAGCUGCGACACAAACUACGAACUGGCUUACAACGCCACGUCGCCACAAUGCAACAACGGUACCUGGACGCAUCUGCCCGUCUGCGCUCCAGCACGAUGCAAGAAUAUGCCAGAGCGUCCUUCCAACGGAAUCGUCAUUGCCCCAAAGACGGAGCACGGCAUGAAAGCCCUCUUCCGUUGCGUUGACGGCUAUGAACUGGUGGGACCCAACGUCACUAUCUGCCAGUUUGGGAACUGGACACACUCAAAGAUGCCAGUCUGUAAAGAAAUCUACUGUCCAUUCCCGGGCUCAAUCGAGCACGGUCGCGUGCUCCUGAUGGGCAAUAUGGGCAUGUAUGACUACCGGCCGUACGUCCGACGCGUCAUCAACAACCGCCAGAUUGUGUUCGAGUGUGACCGCGGCUACACUGUGCGGGGUCCCCCUGGAGCCACCUGCGUCGGCGGAGAAUGGAGCCCCAACGAACUGCCCCUUUGCGUGCGGGGAUCACAUCCACACGUGCGGCAGAUACGCAGCGCCAGGCGCAGGCACGCAGGUCCUCCCUGCAGGCUGGAGCCUGGGAUGCUCCUGGAUGGUGACGACGUAGACGGCGGCAGCGGCAGCGUAGCGGUGCCGGGAGCCAUGGCCUUCGUACAGUGUCCUGACGGCCAAAGAAGUGCGAGGUGUGACCGCGGCAGAUGGCAACCGCCCGCUUCGUGCCAACCACAUACUUCUAUGUGCCGUCUACGUGAACAUGCUCACGGAUCGUACCGAGACCUGGCGACAGAAAGACCUCUUGACCAAGAAGAACCGAUCGCCCAUGGACAGAUGGUAGAGUUGAUCUGUGAGCAUGGCUACCAGGCCCUGGGAAAUCCCCAAUUACGCUGCUGGCAAGGACGAUGGAGUACAGAUGAAUCGCCGGAUUGCUUACCAGAGCCAUGCGAGCUCCCAGCAAUAGCAGAAGGUCUCUACCUUGGGGGUUACCGUGCGGGUCUUACAAUAUCUCCUGGCUCAUCUGUAGAAUAUGCUUGUGAUGAACCUGUCGCCCAACCCGUUCCACCCUCUCCACUUCGUUGUGCAGAGGGUAAGCUGCGACCAGGGCCUCCCAAGUGCAUCACCUUGGCUGAUCAAGACCCCAGUGCUGUCAUUCGGCAAACAGAAGGACCUCUGGAGAUGGCAUCAACGCCGCCAAUCUUAACGACUGUCACAACUCCUCAAAUAGGAGGGCAGCGUGGGUGCAGCGCCCCUGAACGCAUGCAUCAGACGCUUGUCUAUCCGUCAGCACAAGCUACGAGUUGGAGUGAUGCUCGAGAUGAAGCCAAAGCUACUCUAGAGUUUCCACACGGCACCGAGGUAGUGUUCCGGUGUGUCGACGGCGCUGGUGGAGAAAGAAAUACAUGGAAAUUACUAUGCGAAUCUGGCAACUGGCUGGGGAGGCCCGAAAAGUGUGAUGAACAACGAGUGAGACUCCCAAAAGAAGAGCGGCGCAACAAAUCUUGUACAUUCCGCAAUACAGAAUUGAAUCUGGAAGCAUUCCAAGGAGAUAGACGUAUCGACCAGGAUAAUGUGGAGUUUCCAGCGGGCACUGAGCUGGUAUUUCGCUGCAAGGACAUCGGAAAAUACAGCCUUAUUGGCAGCAUACGCCGGCGCUGCGUAUACGGAGAGUGGGAUGGGCUUCGGCCUUCCUGCUUUGGUCUCUCUCAGGAGAACGACUAUGCUCUGGAGAAGCCCCCAACAAUCCUCUUCAGGCAUCAACUUGGUCCCGUCUCACAAAGCAAUGACGGCAGGCUCAUUGUUUACCCGGGAACAAUUCUUCACCUGGAAUGCUUGUGGCUACGGAAGUAUGGCACGCCUAAGUGGGAGAUCAGUCACACGUCACGGAAAUACGUCGAAGGCUGGACCACUGAACCCAACCGAGAUUCUCAGUUGGAAUACAGGCUCUCUAUCUACCAUGCAAAGAAGGAUGACUCUGGUCGUUUCACGUGUGUUACGCCCAUGGGUCACCGGCAUUCAGUGGACAUUAUAGUUGCAGCAAUUCACUGCGAACCUAUAGCAAAUGUCACUGGUCUUUCUGUAAGCACUAUCAACACGAAAAUGGGCACUGAAGUAGUGUUUUCCUGUGAUGAAGGACAAAGGCUAAGAGGGACUGAACAAUCGACGUGCUUGCCAUCUGGGAACUGGUCUUCUGUAACACCGUAUUGUGAAGUAACAGAAUGCCAGUCUCUUACCGGACCGUCGGAUGGCCUUCUCGUUGUAGACAUGAAGGACAACAUAGUUGGUUCUAAGGCAUAUUUCUCUUGCCCCCAAGGCUAUGGCCUCAGAGGAGAACCUGAGGUAGAAUGCUUAGAUACUGGCCAGUGGUCUGCAGCAAUUCCCUACUGUGACGAGGUAAUAUGUGAUGCCCUCCCAGCCCCUGAAGAUGGUUACAUUCAAGGGGAGGUGUCGAAGCAGUAUCGGGGCGCCGAGCUCAUACAGUUUGCCUGUAAUCCGGAUUAUAUGAUGGUCGGGACAGGCAUUGUUGUCUGCCAAGAAAAUGAACGCUGGAGCGCUCCAGUACCACAGUGUCUGCCAGCAUGUCAAUACCCUAGCAUCAAAGAUGGCGCCCGGAUUUCUUCCAGAGUGAGUUACUUCUACCAAAUCGGCGAAACAGUUGCAUUUGAAUGCCCUGAGGGCUUUGAGCUCCGUGGAAACCCUAUGAUCAAGUGUGUGGACAAAGGUCGCUGGUCAGCAGCUGUGCCCAGGUGUCAGCCAUCACGCAAGGCACAUUAGGAGCAUCUUAUGCGCGUCACAAAGUGCCGUUACGCAUUGCUUUGUCAUGAGGGUUGACCAUGUCUUCCAUCACAACAGAGUUAAGUAUAUAUACACACAUUUUCAAGCGAGCAGCAGACCAUUAGUUGUUUGUUCGUGUCACAUCAGACCAUGGUCGAUAAAACUUUCCUGCAACCAAAUGGAAUGCCUGCUACAGAUCUAAAGAAAUCUACUGUGGAAUUGGGUAGUCUUCUGCAUUUGCGCACAAUCGCAUCAGAGCACGGAUAACGUUUACAAUUCAGACCAGAGAUCGCAUAUUGAUAUCCGCCAUAGUGAUACACAAACUAUUUCCCAUAUAGUCUCGUCCAUGAUUAUCCUUCUAGUACAGUAUAGUCAGUGUCAGGCAUAUUGUCUCACAUUAUUCCAUACUACUAUUUAUUUGGGAAGGAGAGUCGCAUUGCCAUAUGCUGAGUUGCAUCCACAGAGGUACACGGUACAUUCUAACAAGCAUUACAACAAAUACUAACGUUGAAACUUCAGAAACGUUGAAACGCCGUCUCUGAUCUGGGUCUGGUCUUAUUUAUCAUAUUUCAAUAAAAUGUCACACGUAACUCAACACAAUGCAAAUUUGCCAUAAGUGGCAGUAUGAGGUGGUGUACUACGAAGGUGUGUGUCAUUACCAGUCUUCAUAUUCUUAGUUGCAUGUAUUGCUGGUUCAGUAAAAUGGAACAUUUUUUGUACUCAAACUGAAAUUUGGAAGUGUGGGAAUUCAGGCCUAAAUGUAAUGUGCAUGGUAGUAUCACAGUUACGAAACCAAUUUGAUAGCAUUUUAUUACAUAGUGCCGCGCAGUUACCAGAAUAGCUGGGCUUCUGAGCCACAAUAUUACACAAAUAUGACACCAUGCACUGUUUCGUAGAACCUGAUUCUUAGUCCCUAUAUCAUUCAACUUAAAUCCAAAUUUCCCCAAAGCACGAAAACAAUGUAGCCUGAGGCACCACAGGGUAGAUUUACAAGAAUUCCUGUUUUCUAUACUACACGUUUGUACAACACUUGCGUUUUCUUUAGAUGUGAGUAUUAUAAUUCUAGUCUGCUCUUGGCCAAAAACGGCUUUCCACUCAUCCUAAAUAUACAAGCGGUGACCACCGUAAUUAUAUAGAGCUGAUUUUUUAGUACAAAUCUGUUAAUUGUGUUUGACCUGAAAUAGUGACACCGUAUCACAAUUGAACAAUCCAGUCGUGCAUAGAGCAUAUGACAUACUUUGUGCAGUCAUUAUUAGUUACUCUGUUGUUAUUAAUUUAUAUAAUUUUUGUUGCUUUAACCUCAUUAUUUUUCAGCUUACAUUCAUAAUAUUUACAAUAUGUUAAAUAGCACACAUCACCAUAUCAUGACACCAAGGCACAUCAUUUUCUCAUCAGCAGCACGAUAGCUCCACAGUCGCUGCAAUGAAGCUUUGAUCCUGCAAUCGGGCACUGCGUUUAGCAGUACUUCAUGAAUCAUGCGCAGGCUCUGAGAAUCAAUAAUUUUGAAUAAUUCUUGUGCAAGCACUUUCCUCUUCGCAGUCUUCCAUAGCACAUUGAAUGGAAGAAGUUGCUUUGAUUUUUUAUACAUAAUGUGAUUUUUAACACUUCAUGUUAAUGAACAUAUGCAAACAGUACCAGCACAAGAAUAUAUUAGAUCUAAACUGAAUAUACAUAUAACAUUAUCGACACCAAACAUUCAAUGUCAAAAUGUCGAACAAUUCAAAAGAUGCUUAAUUCAUGGCAUACUUGGUGAGGCUGUACUCUGAAACAUAUCCUGCAUGACACUCUCACCUAUCCCGUGAAACUGAGUAGUGAAGUUUUUAGUAAUAACAUGCACAGUUCCGUUGCUGCUCUUGAGCUAAUCAUGUAUAACGUGAAUGAGGGAAACCUAGUAAAAGUCCAAUAACCUUCGUCUUAUUCAGAAGCCCACUGAAUCCCACUGGGGAGCACCCUUGUAUUGUCCAUUACCAGCCAUCCAUGGCAGGUGGUGACCUAUGAACGACAAUCACCUUAUCAUUUAUAUCAUUUUGUUUCCAUCAUGUUUCCAUCACACUAGGCUCAUUAUCGUUCAUAGAUCACCACUUAGCACAAUGGUGACACGUUUGUAUGUGGUUGUAUGUUGUGGUUGCUUUUGUCUCUUUAAGUCAUCAACAUAGCAGGUGACAAUCUAGGAAUUGCAAUGAAGGACAGAUACGGCAUUACCUUGUAUUUCAUGGCUUAUUAUGUGACUGAUGACAUGAGGCUCAUUGUUCUGUCACACGUUGCCAAUUCAUGUCGAUAUAGAGACCUUUCAAAAAUGAGCGCCACUUGUCGCACUUUCGUCGAACUGCGCUGCGCCGGGCAUGUUGCGGGAGAAGCUCAAUGAUGACUUGAAGAAAAAAAGAAAAAAAGAAAGAAAGAAAGAGGCAUCUAUCAAGCAGCGAGCGUAAAUCACGUAGUGCUAUUGUUGCCGCCCGUAGGCGAGUGUUACAUGUGUGCGUGCGUCAGAUGCGCUCCGUCACUCCCGCAACAUUGCCGACGUAGCUGCUCACGGUCACUAGGUGGCACUAUUUCGAAACCGGUCUAUGUUUCUGUUUCCACUGCCUGAGCUUCACUGCUUCCACUGCGCAGUCAAUGAAAGUACAAGGUUCGCAAAGAUAAGCUUCGGGGUUUGUAACGAAGAUAAAACGAGAACAGUGUCGGAAAAGUAAAAUAGAUAUUAGACGACGCUCCAAAUCCAUGCUCCAAAAUUUUAUGUCGAUAAUGCCGCUUGGUCUGUUUCUCUAUGGAUAAAUCGUGAAAAUUAAAAUACCGCUGCCUAAUCGGCUACACCUGUGUUUCAGUUUCUUUCCGUCAGAUAAAAAUAUCAAAUAUCAAAUAAAAUCAAAAAUAUCAAAUCAAAAUAUAGUUAGUAAAGUGUCCAAAGUUGCGGGCAUCUUGAAUAGAAACCGAUACAUCUAACCUGCCAAAAUUAAACUAACCAUCUACAAUGCCUUAUUUCACACAUAUCUAAAUUACUGUUGCCUUGUCCGGGGCACGGCAGCACACACAUACACAUUUGAAUUCUUUAUACUUAAUGCAAAAGAAAGCCAUAAAAGCUAUACACAGAUCCUUACCUUCGGAGGCGGUGGAACCACUUUUUGUUAAAUAUAAUAUCGUUCCUGUCCAGAUGGUUUAUCGACAUUGCUUCCUGAUUGCAUACAGGAAUGCAUUACGAACAAAUAAUACUUACUUUCUUGAGUUACUGAAACUACAUCAGUUAGCAUCAAAUGUCGUCGUGCGUCAUAGAGACGACUGGGCAGUCCCUCGAACUUGAACAAAAUGUGGCGACCAAAAAAUUUAUGUAAAAGCGCAUACGUUGUUAAAUCGACGCAACAUAGUCUCUAGUGAUACCACACCGAAAUCCAGAGACUUAUGUUUAGUAACAUAUAAUAAAUAAUAACCUAUAUUAUGCAUAAGUAUUUCCCAUGUAUGUACUUGCUUUGCUUCACCCAUUAGUGUCCCUGUGUUAUACUCUGAAUUUGAUUGUACGUAGUAUGUAGAGAAUUAUGUACUUAAGAGCCAUUUUUCUAUGUAUAUAUGACUGUCACUGUCCACAAGGGGGCCAUGUGCCGUGUCAAGCUUGCAUAUGCAGCUUUUUUGCACACAGCCGACCCACAUUGUAUUAUGCUCAAUGUGAAUAAAUAAAUAUUUAAAAGAAAUAAAAAAGAAGAUGGCGAAACGGUCGAACACGACGUUGCAGAGUACGACUAUUCAGUUCUGCUUGUUCACCUGGUUUCGAUGUCGUCUGCAACGCCGCGUUCAACCGUUUCGCCAUCUGACGAAAAGGAGCUGAAACACAGGUAUAGCCGAUUA